GGGACACGGACGGCAUUGCAGCACGAGACAACCUAUUCCGGUGGUAUCCCUCCUCACUUGACCGGCCAUGAUGUUGAGUGCCGUAUCGAAGGCCGCCUCUGGGGCUCUCAGGGUUGUAAAACCCGUCCUUCUGCAAACCGAAGCCGCCAAAGUUGCUGGGGCAGUUUCAGUUAACAAUCGACAAUAUGCAAAAGCAGCGGCAUCCUCCAAGGCCGGCGGUUCUUCUGGCAAAGUCGUGGCUAUCAUCGGUGCUGUCGUUGACGUACAGUUCGAAGACGAUCUACCGCCGAUUCUUAAUGCUCUCGAAGUACAAAACCGCUCUCCCAGGCUAGUUUUGGAAGUUGCCCAGCAUCUGGGAGAGAACACCGUUCGUACAAUUGCCAUGGACGGUACCGAAGGUUUGGUCCGUGGACAGGCAGUGUUGGAUUCCGGAUACCCCAUCCGUAUUCCGGUUGGUGCAGAGACUCUGGGACGUAUUAUCAACGUGAUCGGCGAACCGAUCGACGAGCGUGGUCCCAUUCCGACCGACAAGCGUGCCGCCAUUCACGCCGAAGCACCGGAAUUCGUAGAGAUGUCCGUAGAACAGGAGAUUCUCGUAACCGGAAUCAAAGUCGUCGAUCUUUUAGCGCCGUAUGCCAAGGGAGGAAAAAUUGGUCUCUUCGGUGGUGCUGGAGUGGGCAAGACUGUAUUGAUUAUGGAGUUGAUCAACAACGUAGCCAAGGCCCACGGCGGUUACUCGGUUUUUGCCGGCGUCGGCGAACGUACCCGAGAGGGUAACGAUCUCUACCACGAGAUGAUCGAGUCCGGUGUCAUUUCGCUCAAGGACAAAACCUCGAAGGUAGCUCUUGUUUACGGACAGAUGAACGAGCCCCCCGGCGCUCGUGCCCGAGUCGCGUUGACCGGUUUGACCGUAGCUGAAUAUUUCCGUGAUCAAGAAGGACAGGACGUGCUUCUCUUCAUCGACAACAUUUUCAGGUUUACUCAGGCCGGUUCUGAGGUAUCCGCUCUGUUGGGUCGUAUUCCAUCCGCUGUAGGUUACCAACCAACCUUGGCAACUGACAUGGGUACCAUGCAGGAACGUAUUACCACUACGACGAAGGGAUCCAUUACUUCCGUGCAGGCUAUUUACGUGCCAGCUGACGAUUUAACCGAUCCUGCGCCAGCCACAACCUUCGCUCACUUGGACGCCACUACCGUCCUUUCUCGCGCCAUUGCUGAGCUCGGUAUAUAUCCUGCUGUCGAUCCUCUGGAUUCCACCUCUCGUAUCAUGGACCCUAAUAUCAUCGGUGCGGAGCACUACAACAUUGCGCGUAACGUCCAGAAAAUCCUCCAGGACUACAAGUCCCUUCAAGAUAUUAUCGCCAUCCUGGGUAUGGACGAGUUGUCGGAAGAAGACAAACUCACCGUCGCCCGAGCCAGAAAAAUUCAGAGAUUCCUUUCUCAACCUUUCCAGGUUGCCGAAGUCUUCACCGGACACGCUGGAAAACUCGUGCCUUUGGCUGAGACAAUCAAGGGUUUCCAAAAGAUUUUGGCCGGAGAAUACGACCAUCUACCAGAGGUUGCGUUUUACAUGGUAGGACCGAUAGAAGAAGUAGUGGCAAAAGCUGAAACACUGGCCAAGUCAUAGGUCCCGAUAGUCACACGUCGAUCUUUAAACUCGAUGCCCCGCAGGGAAUCAUUCAACGUUCCAUCGUCGUCACCCGACUAAAGAAAUGUAACACACGCUAACUCGAACAUUCGAAUUUUCAAUUGCUUCAAUCGAUUAAUCAGUAGUCAGGAAAAUCGUUUCGAUAAGAUAGAUAGCUUGAUAAAAUAUUCAAAUUCAAAAAAUUUAUACUACCUAAUUGUUGAAAAGAUUGGAAUAUCGAGUUGACAAACAAUAGAAAAGAGGAAUGAUUAUCCUUCGUUGACUUCACUUGACACGAGCGACGAAAGGAGUGAGAACCUACUCGACUAUUUUAUCGUACAACCUGUUCAAUGUUAUCCGAUAUAGAAUACAGUCUGAAGUUGUGUUACACUGUAAUUAUCGCAGAAUAUGUAUAUUAGUUGAGAAGAGAAAAUUCCAUAAAAAUUUACAAAAAUA